CCUUCCUCCGUCCAAACACUUUCCACUCACAAACUUUGGCCGAAUUUCUCCGCAAAAAAUCUCACUUUCUGAGCUGCACAACCAAAGGCUUUCCGAGACCUUGCGACGAGGUUCUAGACUGCCCCCUCAUAGAGUUGACGGUUCCGAGAGGACCUUGUCAACGUCAUUCCGGCCGGGACUCUCUGUCUUGUCUUGUCUUGUCCGCCAGGGGGGCCUCUGCAGGGGGACGGACGGGAGUGAGUUUCCCACCCCCCACGUGUCGGCGUCGCAGUACUUGAGGGCCUCCCGGAGGGCAUGCACAAAAGAAACAAUGGAGCCCAAGCCGAAGCGAAUCAAGAUCGAUGUGGCAUGUGAGGCGUGCCGGAGGAGGAAGGUCAAGUGCGAUGGGGCUCGUCCAGCAUGCGGGAACUGCUGGAAGAGGACCGAUCUCAGAAACGGCUGCACAUACAGCUCCGAGGCCGAGGCCUCGUCGUCCCGGGAAAAGACGGCCGAUGCCAGCCCGGGCAACCCCGAAAGGGCGACCCUGCCCAAGAUCAUCCACACGCCGGAUGCCGCCUUCACGCAGCCCCUGAUGCCCCCUGCCUCCCGGCAACAUCUGAGCGCGACGACGCCCAAGUCGACGACAUCCUCGGGCCCGCCGGACCCUACCGCAAGACUGGGCCGGGCCGAGAGGCACCCCGUCACCCCGUCCGACGCCAGCCCCUCCGUCGUGGACUCCAUGACCACGGUCCGCGAGGACGGCACGGUCACCGGCGAGUAUUUUGGCAGCAGCAGCGCCGGAUCCUUCACGAACCAGAUCAAGGCCGCCAUCGACGCGCGGCUGGGCUCGCGCGCCGAGACCCGCGGCGGCGUCAAGAGCUCGCUGUUCCGCUCCUCGCUGCCCCUGAACGGCGCGGGCCCGGGAGGCCAAGCCGACUACGUCCUGCCGGCCCGGAAGCAGGCCGACCACCUGAUGGAUCUCUACUGGUACUACGUUGACCCGCUGUACCCCUUCCUGGACCGGCAGCGGUUCGAGCACUCGUACCGGGCGCUCUUCGCCGGUACGUCCAUCGACGCCGACGAGCGCACCUUUGUCAGCAUCCUGAACAUCAUCCUCGCGCUCUCGACGCAGCUCAUCGAGUCGACGCCUCCGGAGCAGAGGGACCGGGCCAGCCAGGGGUACUUCACGCGGGCGCAGGACCUGCUCCGGCUCAGCCUGUGGGACACGGGCUCCAUCGAGCUCAUCCAGUGCCUGCUCCUCAUGAGCCAGUAUCUGCAGAGCACCAACAACCCGCACCAGACGUGGAUGAUUGUCGGGUCGGCGGUGCGGAUCGCCCAGAGCCUCGGCCUUCAUCUGCCCGAGACGUCGCUAGAGCUGCCGAGCGAGGGUGAGAGGGACCUCGUGAGACGAAUCUGGCAUGGAUGUCUCUUGAUGGACCGCAUGAUCGCCAUCACCCACGGACGACCCGCCAUGGUCUCGGAUCAUCUCGCAUCGAGUGUCGUGCUGCCUUCGAUCCCAGACAUGGAUGCCAACACCGAGCACGGAGUGCAACUGGACGCCGUCUCGCUGCAUAGGCUCCGCUACCAGGGCUUCUUUCACAAGUCGCUGGAGCUGUACGAAGUCAUCAACUACGCCGUCUUGGCCUUCUACUCGUCGACCUCGCCCCUGAAGUCGUCUACACACACCAACGGCGGCGCAGCAAACAGCAGCCAGCGUCUCUCCGAGCUCCCCGACUUGGACCUUGGGAAGGCCCUGCAACUGGACCAGAGACUGACGAAAUGGGAAAAAAGUCUCCCCAGCUUCCUGACCAUGGCCGACGAGCCCGAGACCACUUUGGGCGAGGUGUUCCGGAGACAGGCCGUCAUUCUACGCAUCAGACUGCUCCACGCCCGCAUGCUACUCCUCAGACCGAUGCUCGCCCGCUUCUGCCUCUCGCAUCCGGCCGACUCGUCGUCGUCGUCGUCCCAGCCGUGUCACGAGGACCUCUCGUCCCGCGUGACGCAGCAGUGUGCCAUGGCCUGCGUCGAGGCCGCCCAGAGCCUCAUCUCCUUCAUCGUCCGCUUCCAGCGCCACGACGGCUCCCUCGGCCUCCUCCCGGCCUGGUGGUACCGCGUCUUCUACAUAUACACCGCCGCGACCGUCCUUAUCGCCGCCCGGCUGCGGCCCGCCGUCUUCUCGGCGCUCGACAUCUCCCGCUCGUGGAACCAGGCCAUGGGACUCCUGCACGACCACGAGGACCUCGGUCCGUCGCCGAGGAGGUGCGCCGCGGCGCUGCAGAUCCUCUCGAGCAAGAUGUUCCAGGACCAGCAGCAGCAACAGCAGCAGCAGCAACCGCAGCACCAGCAGCAACAUCAUCAGCAUCAGCAUCAGCAUCAAAAUCAACAGCAACACCAGUCGCAGUCGGUGGCGUCUCUCUUGGCCACAGACGCCAACUCGGCGGCGGUACCGAACAUGGCUGGCGACCAGCAGCAGGAGACGUUCGACAUGCCGUUUCCGUACUUGGCGCAGGAUGCCGCCUUCGACUUGGACGCGAUAUCGUUCGAUGUCAACGACUUCUCGUGGCUCAACAGCAUGCCUGGGAGCUUAUAA